UGUCAAUCAUCUACACAUGAAUUUCUUUCAGCCUUCUCUGAUUCACAUUGAUCCAAUACUACGCUUAUGUCAUACAUCAUAGGCAAUAGCUGGAUUGGCACUGCUGACCCUGAAACGACCAUUUCUCACUUGCUCUUGAUGCCGAUAUCUCACGCUGCUUUUCCUCCUCAAUCUGGAGCUCUCAGCUCUCUAUGCUCUUGCUUCCCAAAAUCCAACCCGCGUGCAUACUCAUCUGUAAGUCGCCACCCCCUUCUCAUUGUCUCUGACCUAAACUGAUUGAAUCGCAGCUGUUUCUGACACAUAAAACUGUUCCUCGCCUGUUCUGCCUUCUUUGAUAUACAGAACUUCUUGGGCGGGACACGAACCUAAUUUUCUCUGCAUGAAUUCAUGAGUUCCAAUGCAAACUGAAAGCAUCAAAGUUACAUUUGUCCUAAAGGGACCAUUCCGUUUGUGUCUCUUUGGCUUCUUUGGGGAGACUUUAUGAAGCUAGAUAUGCCUUGAUAGCGCAGCUAUAAGUACUGGCUGUGGGGCUGCAAUUUGCAGUCUUCAGUUUUACUAUCACCACACAAUCUUGGGGCGGUGAAUAUCACCCAAGACCUCUGACAUCAAAGUUCACUGACAGCCUUAACUCCAUUCAACAAUUGGACAAAUCAUUGAACUUCAUCACAGCAUCAGCCAUUUCCAAAAUUCCGACACAACCACUUCUCAUCAUGACCGCAGACACAGUGAUGAUGGACAACGUAUUAGUAGGCGAGGAAGUAGGCGAGGAAGUAGGCGGGGAUAUUGCCUCACCCAAUAUUUUUUCGCCACACUCAAUGGGGCGAUCCAGCAGAGACCAACCUUCCUCUAGCACGCGCGCCCUGAGUGAGGGGUAUGAUUCAGCCAGAGAUUCCGUGUCCCCAAGAAAGAGAAUGGUACCAGUAGUUGAGACCCAGACUCCAGUGAAGCGGCCUCAAAGAAAACGAAAGACGGUAACUUAUAACGAAGAACAUAAUGAGGCCUCGAUUGCUGAAGGUAUGAGACCACUCACCUUUGAGGAACGACAGGAGUGGAAGGGCUGGGUUGAGCUUGAAUCUGAUCCUGUACGACAAACCCACUGAGAAAUGAGAUUUGUCAAGUCAUGACUAACUGAACGCAGAUGAUUUUCAACUAUAUCCUAAGAGAGUAUGGAGUCAAGGACGUGAAAAUUCAGGAAGUCUUCUCCCUGGAUGAUAUGGAGCUAGCUGCCCUCCCGUGCGUAUUCUAUAUUUAAACUCUAUCUUCAAUCUCUAAUAUAACAUGUAGUCAACCAGUCUAUGGCCUCAUCUUUCUCUUUCGUUACAGAGACGAGGAUGAGGACGAUGAUUCAGGGGAAACACGAAAAUGCCCAAGGCACGUGUGGUUUGCAAAUCAGGUUAGUUCUAUCAACGUACGAUUAUUACAACCCAACUAACAUUAUCGCCAUCAGACCACGAACAAUGCUUGUGCCACAGUUGCACUUAUGAACAUUGUUAUGAAUGCUCCAGAUAUCGAACUUGGUGAAAUCCUGACAGAGUUCAAAAAUGAGACCAAGCAGCUGAAGCCUGCCUACCGAGGAAAGUCUCUGAGUGAAAACAUCUUUAUACGCACCAUACAUAAUUCCUUCGCAAGGUAACUAUGACUCACUCCCUAUUUUAGGUCAGUACGAUUGAUUAUGUCUAGACGUAUGGAUGUUCUCAACGCAGAUCUCUGGAUUGAGAAUGAAUUCAAGAAAUGGGAGAAAUCUUCGAAAACACCCAAGCGAAAGAAGACUUCUAAAGCGCCGCCGACUCGUCGGAAAAAGAAAACAAAUAACGAAGACCUAGCCUACCAUUUCAUUGCUUUCGUUCCCAUCAAGGAUGAAGUAUGGAGAUUCGACGGCCUACAGCGACAGCCAUUAAAUCUAGGUAAAUUUCCCUCAAUUCAAUCCCAGCCAGUUCCAUCUAACAAUCCACCAGGAAAGGCAAAUUUCAACUGGCUUUCCGUGGCUCGAGAAAGCAUGCAAAUGCACAUAGCCCAACACGAAGAAGAUGGCGUCCAAUUCAAUCUUCUCUCCUUGUGCAAGAGUCCAGUUUCCAGUCCUCCCUCACAGAUCGCAACUAGCAUGCAAGCCGUCAUAGCCUGCGAAGAACGCUUAAAUGCAGUCGAAGAAAACUGGAGAAUCUCCGCGCCAUCUACCCUCCCACCAAUGAAAAACGAACCAGACGAAGAGUACGGACUCACUAAAGAGAACCUACUGAAAGCGCGUCUGGAAAAAUCCGCCGAAGACGCAAUCGACGACGCAGGACUCGACAUCCAGUCCCUGAUCCGUGUCUAUGAAAAUUUCAUUCUAGAGCUGAAGCAGAUCCGGGGGUAUUACAGAAGCGAGAAAUUCUGCAUCGAGGACGAGAACCAGGAGAUGGCGAGGCGAAUGAAGGAUCAUACUGGAGUCGUGUAUGACGCAGUCAAGACUCUUCAUGAAGCGGGGGUUUUGAAGGACAUCGUACAUGAUCUGGAAAAGGGCCGAGGUGGCAGUUAACAGACAGACGGCCGGAUCAGCGAUGUCUCGGAACCUUGAUAUACAUUACAUAGCAAAUUUGGUGGAUCCCGUGUUCAAGCGGGAAAGACUUUGGGAUUCUGUAAUUUAGCAAGCAAGCCUCCUGUGAUAUUAGAUUCUUUUUUCUCUUUAUAUCCUUUACAUCCACUAGGGAUGUAGCAGAUGCUUCUUGGACUCUCUCUUUUUCAAUCUAUUUAAUACAAGUCUGAUUUGUACAAAGAAUA